AUGAAAGAUACUAUGCAACUCCAGUUGGAUCAACAAGCUCAACUUAUUCAACAAUUGCAAAUACAUGUUCAAUCUUUGCAAGACAUCAAUAUGCAAAUCCUACAAUUCUUUCAAAACUAUUUUCAAUAUAUAAGGCAACAAGAAAAU